GUGCUAACGCCGGAAGAGCUGGAACAGGUGAAGAACCAUACCUAUAACUUCGAUCACCCCAACGCUAUCGACCACGAACUCCUCAUUAAUCACCUCUCACGUCUGCGAGAGGGAAAGAGCAUUCAAGUGCCUGAGUACGAUUUCAAGACGCAUAGUCGAACAUCUAAGACGGCAUCCGGCCACUCCGAACAGGCCUGGUCUUUGAAGCCUCAGACAGUUAAUCCAAUCGUGUUUGUGAUCGGUGUUGAUAGUGUUGAUGUCUACUGGACAAGAUAA